UCACAUUCCUUAAACCAAACAUACUCUUAAAUUAAAUUGUUAUGUCUUUGGAAAUCUAGAAAGACAGGGGUUCUUUGGUAAUUGAGACGUUUUUCCGCACUAGUCAGCCCGUCAAGUCUUUUAUAAUUGAGACGAAGUAUUGUCUUUCCAACCCUAGCCCUAAUUCGGCAUUUCCUCAAAACGCUCGGGGUAGAAGGAAGAUUGGCGAAGAAGUUGCGAUGGGGAGAAGACCAGCAAGGUGUUACCGCCAGAUUAAGAACAAGCCAUACCCAAAGUCAAGGUACUGUCGUGGUGUGCCUGACCCAAAGAUUAGGAUCUAUGAUGUGGGAAUGAAGAAAAAGGGAGUUGAUGAGUUCCCAUUCUGCGUGCAUUUGGUCAGCUGGGAGAAGGAGAAUGUCUCGAGUGAGGCCCUUGAAGCUGCCCGAAUUGCUUGCAACAAGUACAUGACCAAGUUUGCAGGAAAGGAUGCCUUCCACCUUAGGGUUAGGGUUCACCCGUUCCAUGUUCUUCGUAUUAAUAAGAUGUUGUCAUGUGCUGGGGCUGAUAGGCUCCAAACGGGAAUGAGGGGGGCGUUUGGCAAGCCACAAGGUGUCUGUGCCCGCGUUGCCAUUGGACAGGUUCUUCUGUCCGUUCGCUGCAAAGAUUCCAACAGUCAAAAUGCACAGGAGGCUUUGCGUCGUGCCAAGUUUAAGUUCCCUGGUCGCCAAAAGAUCAUUGUUAGCAGAAAAUGGGGUUUCACAAAGUUCAACCGUACUGAUUAUCUGAACUACAAGAAGGAAGGCCGCAUUGUGUCUGAUGGUGUCAAUGCCAAGGUUUAAUCCUAUUCCUUUGUUGUGCUAAACUAUCUUCUUUAUUCAAAUUUCAUGUUUAUGAGAUAUCUGAGAUGGUAAGUAACUUUGCAUUUCUUUUUCUGUUUUAUAGCUUUUGGGAUGUCACGGACCUCUUGCAAAACGCCCGCCUGGAAAAGCAUUUAUUGAUGCAGCAGCUUAAACCUUUUGUUUUUGUUUCACAAGACUCUUGAGCAAAGUCUAUCAUCUAGCAUAUUAUGGUUUUAUUUCAUUCGAGCAAAUAUAUCAGGACAUCACUUUAUGAUAUUUUGUUGGUGAUUCUCUGUUUUGCACAAUUUGAUGCGUUUGCUACUUGUCAUAUUUCAGGACAUAAUUAUGGCAUAUGUGUAUUGCGAGUUGUAAUUUUGUUUCAGUUUUUUGUAUCUCAAUAUUAUGCUAUGUAUUAGUUACGAAAUCGCCUGCGUUGAAUAUUUCUGUUGUGCAUGAAGUUUUUUGAAUCGCUCAUCCUGGUUCUAUGGUAUUGGAAUUUGGAAGUGUUCCUAUUGAAAUGUCUGUUUACUGUUUCUGCCUUUGUA